AUGACUAUGAAGCGCUACUACGAUAAGCACCAGAAAGCGAUACACUUCCGUGUUGGAGAUUGGGUAUAUAUCAAGCUUGGAACGGGCUAUGAUAUAGUGGCGAACCGCCAAAACAUCCUAAGAAAGCUUGCCCAGCGAUAUAUCGGACGCUUUCAAAUCAAAGAGCGCAUCGGAAAACUCGCGUACCGUCUUGAUCUGCCCCCACAUUGGGGAAUCCACCCUGUAAUCAGUGUCGCACAUCUUGAAGCGACAAGAUAUAACGUUGAGAGGAUUCUGGCGAAACAAGUCCGCAAGGCACCUGGACGGCUACGCCGGGACGGAGCAGUCAAUUAUCGCACAUACAACCUAGUGCGCUGGGCUAGUCAAUCAGCUAAGGAAGACUGCUGGGUUACAGCAGACGAAGCUGUCGGAGCAGAAGAGCUGAUUCGGGAAUUUGAAGCAUCACAGGCGGAUGAGCUACCCGCGGAUGAAUAG